GUUCUCCAGGAAUCCUUUCAUGUCCGAGCAAAACUGAAAGUAGAACCCCGAAAGGGAAGAGGCAUCGGACGGAUUUGUAGAAACAUUUCAAAGAAAGUUAUAAUCUAUUUUAGAAGUAAGGACCUUAAAGGUUUUUAAAAGUCGGUGAGGCCGCGAAUCUCCGUUCAUCUGAGCUAUAAUACAGACAUGGCCCACGCAGAGACAACUGUGUCAGGGAGAAACUUUUAUGUCCACUUGGCGGGAGAAACUAACGGUGCUCAUCAGGCUUUUGUUGAAAAGUUGAAAGACGGUGGCCAUACUGAGGUGCAGUCUCCUGGAGAAAGUGACUACCUUUUGGUUUUCUGUCCCAACGCUUCACGAGUUGAUGCAGACAUACGCGAGGCCCUGCUCAAGAUACCAGGUGGGAAACCAUUAAUUCUGGUGGUGAUGCAUCACACCUUCGAUCCUGACCGUGUUGUAGCUCCAAGCAGGAGACAGGUGGACAACCCCAGCGUCCUCCUCACUGUGGACUGUCUGUUCUAUGAGCGCAAGCUCCUGGAGUGUAACCGCAAUGAGAUUGCGUGGCAUGAUGUCCAGAAGUGUCUGGGAAUUCCCCUUUCACAGCAACAUACUAAUAAGCAAGGCUUCAAAAACGAGCUCAACAAAUUAAGGGUAGAGAACCUUCAGACCCCCUUGAUGGAAUCUAGACACGAGUGGUUGCAACAAAGGAGCCCGAAGAACCGACUGAAGGACGCUACAGACCUGUCAGCUGGAGUAGAUGACUUGAGAGACAUGGCCCACGCAGCCAUGACUGUGUCAGGGAGAAACGUUUAUGUCCACUUGGCGGGAGAAACUAACGGUGCUCAUCGGGCAUUUGUUAAAAAGUUGAAAGACGGUGGCCAUACUGAGGUGCAGUCUCCGGGAGAAAGUGACUACCUUUUGGUUUUCUGUCCCAUCGCUUCACAAGUUGGAACGGACAUAUGUGAGGCCCUGGACCACAUACCAGGUGGGAAACCAGCAAUUCUGGUGGUGAUGCAUCACACCUUCGAUCCUGACCGUGUUGUAGCUCCAAGCAGGAGACAGGUGGACAACCCCAGCGUCCUCCUCACUGUGGACUGUCUGUUCUAUGAGCGCAAGCUCCUGGAGUGUAACCGCAAUGAGAUUGCGUGGCAUGAUGUCCAGAAGUGUCUGGGAAUUCCCCUUUCACAGGGACAUACCAUGCAAGGCUUUAAAAACCAGCUCAAGAAAUUUACUAAGUUGUCAGGGAAAAACUUUUAUGUCCAUUCAGCGGGAGAAACUAAAGGUGCUCAUCGCACUUUUGUUGGAAAGUUAAAAGUCGGUGGCCAUUUUGAGGUGCAGUCUCCUGGAGAAAGUGACUACCUUUUGGUUUUCUGUCCCAUCGCUUCACGAGUUGGAACGGACAUCCGCGAGGCCUUGGACCACAUGCCAGGUGGGAAACCAGCAAUUCUGGUGGGAUGCAUCACACCUUCAAUCGUGACCAGUUUGUAGCUCCAAGCAGGAGGACAGGUGGACAAACCCCAACGUCUCCUCACGUGGACUGUCUGUUC